AUGGUACCUGUUGAAAACACAGAGGGCCCCAAUCUGCUGAACCAGAAGGGGAGAGAGGCGGAGACCGAUGGCAGCUGUGGAGCCAGCGGCGGCCGGCAUCCUGCCUGCGCGGGAGGUUGCAGCAUGUUUACCUUCCUGACAUCUGUCACUGCAGCCAUCAGCGGCCUCCUGGUGGGUUAUGAACUUGGACUCAUCUCUGGAGCUCUCCUUCAGAUCAGAACCCUAUUAGCCCUGACCUGCCAUGAGCAGGAAAUGGUUGUGAGCUCCCUCCUCAUUGGGGCCUUCCUGGCCUCUCUCACUGGGGGCGUGCUGAUAGACAGGUAUGGAAGAAGGCUCACCAUCAUGCUGUCAUCCUGUCUUCUAGGACUGGGAAGCUUGGUCUUGAUAAUGAGUUUGUCCUACAUGGUUCUCAUCAUGGGACGCAUCGCUAUAGGGGUUUCCAUUUCCUUGUCAUCUAUUGCCACUUGUGUGUACAUUGCAGAGAUCGCUCCCCAACACAGAAGAGGCCUUCUUGUGUCACUGAAUGAGCUGAUGAUUGUCAUCGGAAUCCUUUUUGCCUAUAUUUCAAAUUACGCAUUUGCCAAUGUCUCCAAUGGUUGGAAGUAUAUGUUUGGUCUUGUGAUUCCCUUGGGGCUUUUGCAAGCAAUUGCAAUGUACUUUCUUCCUCCUAGUCCUCGGUUUCUGGUGAUGAAAGGACAGGAGGAGGCUGCUGGCAAAGUUCUCAGGAAGUUAAGAGUGAUCUCAGACACCACGGAAGAGCUCACUUUGAUCAAAUCUUCCUUGAAAGAUGAAUAUCAGUAUAGUUUCUGGGAUCUGUUUCGCUCCAAGGACAACAUGAGGACUCGAAUCAUGAUAGGCCUGACGCUAGUAUUUUUUGUACAAACCACUGGCCAGCCAAACAUACUAUUCUAUGCAUCAACUGUUUUGAAGUCUGUUGGCUUCCAAAGCAAUGAGGCAGCUAGCCUCGCCUCCACUGGGGUUGGAGUGGUCAAGGUGGUUAGCACCAUCCCAGCAACCCUCCUUGUGGACCAUGUUGGUAGCAAAACGUUCCUCUGCAUUGGCUCCUCUGUGAUGGCUGCUUCCUUGUUGACCAUGGGCAUUGUGAAUCUCAACAUCAACAUGAAUUUCACCAAUAUCUGCAGAAGCCAUAGUCCUCUUAAUCAGUCCCUGGAGGAGCCUGUGUUCUACGCAACAGGGAACCUGUCAACUAGCAACAGCAGUCUCAGGGAACACAUUAAAGGAGUCACUCCCCACAGCAGGGGCUCAUUUGUGCCCAUGGAAGAUGGAAUGGAACAGAAAGGGGAAUUGACUGUCACAUCUUUACCAAAUGCUGGACUGAGCCAAACUGAACACCAGAUAGUCACAGACCCUGCAGUUGUCCCAGCUGCCUACAAAUGGCUGUCCUUGGCCAGCUUGCUUGUUUAUGUUGCUGCUUUUUCAAUUGGUCUAGGACCCAUGCCCUGGCUGUUGCUCAGUGAGAUCUUUCCUGGUGGAAUCAGAGGCCGAGCCAUGGCCCUGACCUCUAGCAUGAACUGGGGCAUCAAUCUUCUUAUCUCUUUGACAUUUCUGACGGUGACGGAUCUUAUUGGCUUAUCGUGGGUAUGCUUCAUAUAUACAAUCAUGAGUCUAGCAUCCCUGGUUUUUGUUGUUCUGUUUAUACCUGAGACUAAGGGAUGCUCUUUGGAACAAAUAUCAAUGGAACUAGCAAAAGCGAACUAUGUGAAAAACAACAUUUGUUUUAUGAGUCAUCACCAAGAAGAAUUAGUGCCAACCCCGCUUCAAAAAAGAAAUCCCCAAGGGCAGCUCCCAGAGUGUAAAAAGCUGUGUGGAAGGGGACAGCCACAGCAGCCUUCUCCUGCGACCUAA